UAAAGUGAAGCAGAAUGGCAAGAACCAAGCAGACCGCUCGUAAGUCCACCGGAGGCAAAGCUCCCAGGAAGCAGCUGGCCACCAAGGCUGCCCGUAAGAGCGCCCCGGCCACCGGCGGCGUGAAGAAGCCUCACCGUUACAGGCCCGGUACCGUGGCUCUCAGGGAGAUCCGUCGCUACCAGAAGUCCACCGAGCUGCUGAUCCGCAAGCUGCCCUUCCAGCGCCUGGUGAGGGAGAUCGCUCAGGACUUCAAGACCGACCUGCGCUUCCAGAGCUCCGCCGUCAUGGCUCUGCAGGAGUCCAGCGAGGCUUACCUGGUCGGCCUGUUCGAGGACACCAACCUGUGCGCCAUCCACGCCAAGAGGGUCACCAUCAUGCCCAAAGACAUCCAGCUGGCCCGUCGUAUCCGCGGCGAGAGGGCUUAAACUCACCUGACCGCUCAAAACAACCAAACGGCUCUUUUAAGAGCCACCACACAUCCAUCUCAGAGCUAUUAUCCUUAUU